AUGAAAACUCGUGGAUAAAAGACAGAACCCAAUUAUGCAUAUCAAUUUAAAAAGGAUUAGAUUCUAGGAUAAAGUGAGAAAGGAAAACCAGUCUUCUAUAAAGUAGUUGAAGAUCUAAAAACUAAUGAUCAUAAAUCAUAAUUAAAAGUAAUAAGACUAGAGUAACAGGAGAAAUAAAAGGAUGGUAAAAUAGUUUACAAAGAAUCAUAAGAAGCAUUAUUAUCAGUUAAAGAAAGAACGUAAAAAAAGAUAUUAAUUUUUAGUAAAAUUGUGGAAGAUGUUGAAGUAAAAUCCACAAAACCAAAUCCAAGAAGUAAAUCUACAGUGACUUCAUUUGUAUUCCCAUNGAUGGAAGAGAAUAAAUCCAAAUAAGGUAGUUUAUAUAGUUAUAGAUUUUUAGACAAAAUUGCGUAAAUAAUGGACAGAUGAAGAGGACAAAAAAGUAUUUGAACUUGUUUAAGAAUAUGGUCGAAAUUGGAAGGUAAUUGAAGGGUUCAUGGAAGGACGUUCAAGUAAAUAAAUAAGAGAGAGAUUUUUAAAUAAUUUAGACCCAGAGAUUAAUCGAUCAAAAUUCACAGCACAAGAGGAUAAAAUAAUAUUAGAGUAAUAUAGAAUUUAUGGACCAAAAUGGAGUGAAAUUGCAAAGAUGUUAGAUAGAAGACCAGUAAGAAAUGAUUAAAAUAAAAAUAGGAAAAUUAAGUGAAGAAUAGAUUUUAUUCAUACAUAAAGAGAGUUAGUAUGUUAGAAGAGAAAUCAGAUGAUGAAGAUAAUGAUGGAGAAUCAUCAAUAUCUGAAUAACCUCAUAUUCCUCCUCCAAUAUAAAUUUAUUAACCAUUAGAGACUAUUUAAUCUAUAAAGGAGGAACAUGAUAAUACAAAAAAUGAUUCUUUAAAAAAUGAAUCAUUUAUUAAUGUUUAGAAUCGUACACCUUCAAAUAGAAUUCAACCAUCUAUUAAUUUAAUAUAAGGUUUGGAUUCAUUCGAUUCAAAAUAAUUUGAUGGGAUUCAUUCUUAAGAUAUAUCACCUUUUCAUUAAAGAAGAAUUUUGAAUGAAUAUAGUCCAAUAAAUUUUGAAUAUGCAAAUCAUCAUCCUACUUUCGAUAAUAUUUAAGAGGAUGUAAAAGAAUUAAGAAGUUAAAUAGAAUGUAUAAGUUUAGAAAAAAUUAAUUGA